UCAAAUACCAUCCUUUUCUUUUUAUUAGGAAAUAAGUUGGUUGUUCUAAAAAGAUUUGUUUUAGAUUCUUUUGACUAUUUCAUGUAUAUCUCCUGAUUUUGUUAGCCAAAUCUACAAUGUAAUCUCUAUAUAUAUUUGAAUUAUUGAGCUGAGUGGUCAUGUCUCUUCUCCUUCUACUGUAGUAAAUUCAUGUGAUUAAUCUAAUCUGCACACAUUCAGCGUCACAGCCGCUCUCCUCUCUCGUGACCGUCUUCUCCGGCUCGUCCAGCUCCAGUCCGGACGGCAGACCGUCUUCUCCAGUCGGUGGCGCCGACAGCCCCGCCACUGUGAGCACGAGCGUCCCCCUUCCAGGUGUCCACCCGGCGGCGUGGCAACACAAGUUUCAUUUAAGAUAGGUGAUUUGAAGUAGAAGUUAUUUUUAUUGGUGGAUUAAAAGAAGGAGCUUUGCAGCUGAAUAACUUGAGAUGGAUCAUCAAUGGGUAAAGAAUAGGAAUCGAAUUUCUUCAGAGUAUAUUGAUGGAAUAAAGGAGUUCAUGCAUGUUGCUAGACAAAGUUUGAAUUUAGAUGGAUUAACCUUGUGCCCUUGCAACAACUGUUUGAAUACAAGAUUGCAAAGUAUGGAAGACAUUAAACUUCACUUGAUUGAUGUGGGAAUUGAUACUUCAUACACACGAUGGGUCUACCAUGGUGAGGAAAAAACAGAUGAGGAUUUUGAUGGGGUUUUUGCUAAUGACGAUGUUGGUUUAGAAGCAGGAUUACAUGAUGCAGUCGGUAAUCAAUUUUUUGAUAUUGGGCCGACGGACGAUUUAAUCGAAAACCAACAACCAAAUCAUGAGAAUAAUGCUCGUUAUGAGAAGUUAUUUGAAGUUGUGCAUAAUCCUCUAUAUGAGGGAUGUGGCGAGUCUGCGUUGACUUUUGUUGUGAAGCUAAUGAAUAUUAAAGUGUUGAACAAGUGGAGUGAUAAAUCAUUCGAGAUGCUACUGAAAUUAUUGCACGAGGUAUUGCCCCAAGAUAAUAAUUGCCCCGAUAGUUAUUAUAACACUAGGAAAUUGCUUUGUGAAGUCGGAUUAGGAUACGAUACUAUUGACGUUUGUCAAUAUGAUUGUGCCAUCUUUUAUGGAGAAUACGAAAAUGCUACAGUGUGUCCAGUUUGUAAAAGCGGUCGAUACAUACGUCAUAAGAUUCCACAUAAAAGGUUGCGAUACUUUCCUAUCACGCCUCGUCUAAAGAGACUUUAUGCUUCAAGGCACACGGCUAGAAAUAUGCGUUGGCAUAAAGAAGUUCGUAAAGAAGAGCCCGGUGUCUUACGUCAUCCUGCUGAUGGGAAGGCAUGGAAAAAUUUUGAUGAGUUAUAUCCUGAUUUUGCUUCCGAUUCAAGGAAUGUAAGAAUGGGCCUAGCUUCAGACGGGUUUAAUCCGUUUAGCAAUAUGUCAACAUCACAUAGUAUUUGGCCGGUUAUUUUGAUGCCUUAUAAUAUGCCUCCAUGGUGUACAAUGCAUAAGAGCAACUAUCUCUUGACAUUAUUAAUUCCGGGGCCAAAGUCUCCUGGCAAAGACUUUGAUAUUUUUCUAAGGCCGCUCGUGGAUGAACUUAAAGCUUUGUGGCAAACUGGGGUUCAGACCUAUGAUGAAUAUUCUAAAUCACAAUUCACACUUCGUGCAGCCGUUAUAUGGACAAUAAGUGACUUUCCAGCAUAUGCUUACUUAUCUGGAUGGAGCACGAUGGGAAAAUUAGCAUGUCCAAUAUGUCUAGAGGACACUCGUUAUAGAAGAAUUCGUGGGAAACAAUGUUAUGCAGGUCACCGAUCUUUUUUAGAUGAGACACACACAUGGCGAAGAAGCACAGAAUAUGACGGAAAAGCUGAAAGAAGAAGACCACCUCGUAAAUUUUCCGGUGAGGAUAUUUUGUUACAAUUAGACGGGUUACCUGCAUUGACUCCUGGUAAAGCACCAAAUAAUGAAGACAGGAAGCGCAAACGAGGUGUGGAUGAGUUGAAUUGGACUAAAAAAAGUAUCAUGUUUGAACUGCCAUAUUGGUCGAAGUUGUUAAUGCGUCACAACCUUGAUGUCAUGCACAUAGAAAAGAAUGUUUGCGACAAUAUCAUUGGGACCUUGUUAAACGAUCCUUAUAAAUCUAAGGAUACGCCAAAUGCACGCUUAGACUUGCAGGAUCUCAACAUUCGGAAGGAAUUAUGGCUGAGGAAGAGAAAUGAAAAAUUUGUUAAACCUCACGCAAAUUACACGUUGAGUAAAGUAGAGUGUGUGAAGUUUUGUGAUUUUAUUAAGUCUAUUCGUCUACCAGAUGGGUAUGCAUCAAACAUUAGUCGAUGCGUGAUGAGUUCCAACACACUUGGGGGAAUGAAAACUCAUGAUUGCCAUGUGUUGCUCCAAAAAAUACUACCGGCAGCCAUUCUUCCGUUCUUAGAAAAGAAAAUACGCGUCGCGCUUAUUGAGGUAUCUCAGUUCUUUCAAAAGUUAUGUGCUAAGACAUUAUACGUUAGUGAGCUUGAGGAUAUGAAGAAUGGGAUUGUUAUCUUAUUGUGUAAACUUGAAAAGAUAUUUCCACCGGCAUUUUUCACUAUUAUGGUCCAUUUAUGUGUCCAUUUACCGGAGCAAGCAUUGUUAGGAGGACCGGUCAACAUGAGAUGGAUGUUUGGGAUUGAACGUCGUAUGGGUACAUAUAAAGGAUAUGUUCGUAAUUUUGCACGCCCUGAUGGAUCUAUCUCUGAAGCAUAUAUUGUUGAUGAGGCGAUUACAUUUCUGUCUCGUUAUUUACUUAAUACUGAGACAAGAUUUACUCGUUUAGAACGAAAUUGGGAUAUAUCUAUUGCAAAAUACUCAAUGGAGAUAUUUAACAACCAAAUUCGCACAUUGGGAGCACCUACUUUUGAACUUUUGAAGGAUUAUCGCAAUACAGCGCACUGGUAUAUUCUAAAUAACUGCGGAGAUACAGUCGACAUUUUCAUAAAUGAGCAUAAAGAAAUUCUACGAUCUAAGAAUAUACGAGAGGAAGAUGUUGAUGGAAUUCAAAAAAAUGAAUUUCCUACUUGGUUCAAGGAAAAGAUGUCUGUUCUUAGAGUUAAUAAUGAUCCUAGAGCUACCGAUGAUUUGUAUUCACUCUCACAAUGGCCGGAUGAUCGCUACCGAAGUUGGUUUAGUUGCAUUGUCAAUGGUGUAAGAUUUCGUUGCAAGAUACGUGAUGACAAGUUCAAGACACAAUGUAGUGGAGUUAGUACAUGGGGUGAUGGAGGGGUUGAUGAUAUCAUAUACUACGGUGUAUUGAUUGAAAUCUUAGAGCUAGACUAUAUCAACCAAAGAAAAGUGUUCUUGUUCCGUUGCAAAUGGUACAAUUCUGAUCCAAUGGGGAAAAGAAUAGUAGUUGAUCACAACUUGACAUCAAUUGAUGUGACAUCUGAAUGGUAUAAAGAUGAACCAUUUAUUUUGGCCACACAAGCUCAACAAGUAUUUUAUUUGCAAGACCUAUCUCGAGGGAAGAAUUGGAUGGUUGUGCAAAAGGUAAACCACCGUAAUAUUUUUGAUAUUGUUGAACGUGAAGAAGGAGAAGAAGAACCCAUUACCAAUGAAGUAUUUCAAGAGGAUGAUUCAAGUGAAUUGCCACAUUUUCAUCCAACAGAAGAUGUAGUUGAAACAAGUUCAUUGGUUAGAGAAGAUAUUGAUCCAAUCACGAUUCCAGAUGGAUUGAUGACUUCACUACAUGUUGGAGAUUACGAUCAAAUUGGGGAGGAUACAGAUGAAAAUAGUGGCGAUGAAAGAUUUAUCGUCAAUGAUGAAUCCAUUUUAGAGUCUGAUGUUAAUGAAAACUCCAAUGACUCAGAUUUUCAAAGUGAUGAUGAUCUUGAUAGUACAUGAGUAUACACUUAAUACGUGGCUGGUUGAAGAGGAGGACUCCGUGCACCUAGAAGACAUGCCAGCGUACUUAAUGCUAUCUCACUUGUUUUACGUUCUGGUGAGACAUUAAAAAAAAAAAAGAGAAAUCUAUACUAUAUUUAAAAGGC